AUGAUGUCAUUGCCGGUGUUGCUACGGGUACUAGCAGGUGCAAUUGUCAUAAUUGCACUUGUUUAUUGUAUUAUUAUAUUUCUUAGUCAUAGGCCCAGAUUAUCAGUGUCUCUGGAAUUAAAAUAUAGAACCAACGAUAAGGACAACAAAUUAUACAUCUUACCACCAAGAAUAACUUCAAACAGUACAUUCAAAUAUCAUGAUAUAGAUAUAAGUCUCGUAGUUCCUUGUUGGAACGAAACUAAACGAUUAGGAGGAAUGUUAGAAGAAGCAGUAGAAUAUCUCGAAACUAAUCAUAAAAACAAAUAUGAAAUCUUAAUUGUAGAUGAUGGAUCUAGUGAUGGGACUUCAGAAUAUGCAAUCAAUAAAGCUCAUGAGUUAAAAUUAACUCCACAUACAUUACGUGUCAUUCAAUUGGCCAAGAAUAGAGGAAAAGGAGGUGCUGUAGCCCAUGGAUUUUUGCAUAGUCGUGGGAAAUGGGGAUUAUUUGCUGAUGCUGAUGGUGCAUCGAGAUUUUCCGAUAUUAGUAAAUUAAUUGAAUUUCAAGAAACAAUUAAAGAUGGCAGUAUUCCAGCUAUCUCAAUUGGAUCACGUCAUCAUAUGAUCAAUACUGAAACUGUUGUGAAACGUUCAUUUAUCCGUCAAGUUUUAAUGUAUGGAUUAAAAACAUUAGUAUUUGUAUUUGGGGUUCAAGAUGUUAAAGAUACUCAAUGUGGAUUCAAAAUGUUUAAUUUUGAAGCUACCAAGAGGAUUUUCCCUCAUUUGCAUAAUGAAAGAUGGAUAUUUGAUAUUGAAGUGUUGAUAUUGGCAGAGAUUCAAGGUAUGAAAUUAAAAGAAAUACCAGUCAAUUGGCAAGAAAUGGAUGGAUCUAAAGUUGAUUUAGCUAGAGAUUCGAUUGCUAUGGCAAUUGAUUUGGUAGUUACUCGUUUGGCUUAUAUGUUUAGAAUUUAUAAGAUGGAUGAAUGUGGGAGAAUAAACAAGAAAGAUGACUAG